CUGAUCAGGCUUAGGAUUCGUCAAUUUCGUAACCUUAACCCUAAUAUGCAACCCCAGACAAAAGGUAUACGCACGUUCAACGGUUCCCCUCAUCAAUUUGUUACUCCACCUUUCCUCCAUGGACACUACGGAGCUCGAGACAUAUCAAGUUCAGCUCUCUCAGGUCGAGCUCGCACUCCAAUCUGAUCCUGACAAUGCCGAACUCCUCUCCCUCCGUUCAGAGCUGCAAGAACUUAUCUCUCUCACCCAACAGUCACUUGCCCAAGCUGCUUCCUCAUCGCGCGUAGACUCUGUGCGUAAAUCAGCAAAUUCAACACCCUCACACACAUGGACCGCAGGGAGCGACUGUCUUGCUAAAUACUCGGGUGAUGGCAGUUGGUAUCCUGCACGAAUUACCAGUGUGGGUGGCUCUGCAGAGAACCCUGUAUACAGUAUCAUGUUCAAAGGCUACAAUACCACGGAGUUGAUAAAAGGGUCAGAAAUAAAGCCGCUACCACCAAAUCACCAGGAGAAAGCAUCAGCGCCGAGCAAAAGGAAGCUGACCAAGGCUGAGGAUGAGGAGAGGGAUCGGAAGAAGAAGCGCAAUGAGAAGAAACUCGAGGUCAAGGCUGCCAAAGCUAAGGAACAACUUGUUAAACAAGCAACGUGGCAGAAGUUUGCCAAGAAGUCUGAGAAGAAGGGUGUCCAUAUUGCCGGUGUGGCGGGGACCAGCAUCUUCAAGACGCCCGACAACCCAUUAGGUCGUGUCGGCGUUACUGGCAGUGGAAAAGGAAUGACGGAAGUCGCUAUUCGAGGCAAGCAUAAAUUUGCGCCAACCGACGAACCAAAUGCGUAGUGGCACAGUUGAAGUCCUCCAUAUAUAUCGUGAACUUUCCAUCAAACUGUAUUAGAUGCCCGUUGAUGAUUCUGUGUUUCCCGUGAAUAGCAGGUUUCGCUGGCAGAGACUGGUGUCAAUGAC